AUUCCUAGAUUGGCCAUACUAAUUCAUGCUCUGGACUACUGUAAAGUGCUCUACCUGGGGCUGCCCUUGAAGAUGGCAUGGAAGCUCCAGUUAGUGCAAAAUGCAGUUGAUUAGUUAUAGAGUGGAGCCGUUAGCAAGAGCCACAUUUCACUGAUCAUUGAUAUAGGUGGAGCAGCUCAUAAAAAGGUUAAGGACCCCUGACAGUUAAGUCCAGUCGCGAAUGGCUCUGGGGUUGCACGCUCAUCUCGCUUUACUGGCCGAGGGAGCCAGCGUUUUUCCGCAGACAGUUUUUCCAGGUGAUGUGGCCAGCAUGACUAAACUACUUCUGGUGAAACCAGAGCAGCGCACGGAAACACCGUUUACCUUCCCACUGGAGCGGUACCUAUUUAUCUACUUGCGCUUUGAUGCGCUUUUGAACUGCUAGGUUGGCAGGAGCUGGGACCGAGCAACGGGAGCUCCCCCUGUCGUGGCCGCCAACCUUCUGAUUGGCAAGCCCUAGGCUCUGUGGUUUAGACCACAGUGCCAACUCAUGAUCUUAAUCCCAUUUAUUCAACAGGAUUUGGGAAUGGAAAUGGGGACAGGGUAGAUGGAAAAGGGACACAGAAAAUCUGCAUUUCUUCUAAAUGGCUCAAGGGCAGUAAAGGUUGCAGUCCGUGGAGAUGAAGGCACUUUACACCUGUUCAAAGGCUCUCCUUUAAUAUUACUUCAUAAAUUCCAGUUCUUACUACAAACCUGGACAUUGUGAUAAGGAAAAAGAGACAGUGCACCUAAUGAUAAAAAGUUGGGACAGAGGGUUUGUUGUUUGCCCAGGCUCUGCACAGAAAAGACUUUGUCUGUAAACUGACCUGCUUGCUAGGGUGGCUCCUCCUCUGCCUGCAUUUCCCUGUUUGAGCAAUAAAGGUUAGUUGGGACUAAAAAAGAGAGAGAAAAAGAUGCUCAACUUCCUGGUCUGCUUGUCUCUGGAAGCAAAGCCAAGCAGCACAUAGUCUGAGCAAGCUCUAAAGAGCCAGGCCUUCCAAAUCAGAUUGCUUCCUGUUAUACUGGAAGGACAAUGGCUUACUGUAACCUGGUCAGGUAUUGGAACAAAGGAGUUUUAGCUCUAGAGAAGGGCAGCUGGGAAUCUGCCUUACACAUCUUCUGCAGCAUUGAAAACCCUCCUUCAAAGAUCAACUUCAACAUUGGCUGCCUGCAUCUUGCGAGGGGAGAUCUGGAGCAAGCUCUGGAGGCAUUUGACCGAUCCAUUUCCAAAGACAAUUGCUUAGCUGUGGGUUUCUUCCAGAGGGGACAUGCUUACCUGUUGCUGGAGAGAUAUGAAGAAGCCCUGAAUGAUUUCAGGCUUGCCCUGCUGCACCUCAGGAAGAACCCCUGCAUUGAUUAUAAGCAGCUGGGUCUGAAGUUUGUGUUGUGUGCCUGGGAGGUGGCGUACAACACUGCUGCGGCUCACUGCCGUCUUGGACAGUGGCAGGAUGCUCAGCAAGCACUGAAGGAGGCUGCCAGGGAGACCCCAAAGGGUCAAAUCCACCACCUUGAUAGUGCUCUAAAGCAAGUGCAGGAACAUCUCUUCUUGGAACCCCGAAGUGUCCCUCAGGGGGAGAUCUUCAAGCCCCCAAAGAAGGAUGUGGAAGAACUAGAAGAAAAAGACUUCCUGGGCCAAGCCAAGGUCAUCUCUUCUGCUUUUGAGGAAGAUUGUGGCAUCGGCUUUCAUGGUCCCCAGCCCCAGGACUUAUCCUCUUCUGGGGAGGCUGGUGACAUCGCCAAUGGGUUCAUGCUGCUGAAGAUUCACACCUCCUACUCUGUCAAGGUGAAAAUGUGUCCUGCCCCAUCCCUGGCUGACUUCAGGAACCUGCUACAGGAAGAGUGCCGCCAGCAGGCUACACGGAUGUCAGUGAGGUACAAGAUUUCAGGUAGUGAUGAGCUGAUCCCUGUUAGCAAUGAUGAAGAACUGAGGAACAUCUGGCAAAGCAUGGAAGGUGGUCAGCUGACCCUCUGGUGCCAGGCCCAAAGGGAUACCAGGAGCAGUCCAGUGCUCUACCACAUGAUUGCAUGCCACCCCUACACUGCUCAGGGGCAGGAGGAUCUGUCUUUCAAAGAAGGUGACAAGCUGGAGAUCCUCUCUGAAGUGAACGAGGAGUGGCUGGAAGGACGCUGCAAUGGAACCACUGGCAUUUUCCCAAAAAGCUUUGCUGUGCGAGAGUGCUGUUGACACACCUGCUCCUAGAGCAGAAAAAGGGGGCUCGUCCCCUAGCUCACCCACCCAUUCAAUCACAGGUGCUACAAUCAACCCUUCCCUUGCCAUUAGGUGCUGUGUUGCCCUUCAGACAUGCUGAAAAUGCAUCUAAGUGUUGGUGAAGUGUUGGCUUCUUAGGAAUGGAUACAUUUCAGUGACUCAUAAAGUUACCCUUUUUGCUUUGGUGGCUGAAAAGAUCAGAAAGAAGACCCUGGACAAUAUAGCAGUGAAAUGUAAGGGAAACUCAGAGAUCUAAAUAGAGACUACUAUCUGUGGCGCAGCAUCCCUUUUGCUUGUAUUUAUUUUUUAUUCAGAUUUGUCAUGGCCAAUGGCUAGUACAAUAAAGUUAAUUGGAUUGGGGUGUUGGUGAAAAGCAAAUAUAUUUCCUUCUCUUGAGUUUGUAGUUAAUGCAUUAGUUACUUUAAACCACCAGAGGGCACUGUUGGUCUAGCAAUCUUGCCAGCACUUGCUUAUUGUCUUUGCUUUGUCAAUAAUGCCGCCCUAAAAGCUGAGCUAUUUUGUUUGUUGCUCUGUCCCAACUUUUUGAGACAAGAUA